AUGGUUAUUGAUGGAAAUUGGUUAGACCUCAAGGACUCCUGCUUAUUGAAAUUGGAGAUGGAGCAGUUUGAGAAAUCAGACACCCAGGCUAAGAAAGGACUCUUGGAAAAGAUCAAGCUCUACCUUUCAAAUAAAACUUUGCCACCUCACACUGACCGUAGGAAGUUUGACCAUGACUUUGCCAUCUCCACCUCCUUCCACGGAGUCCACAACAUUGUCCGGAAUCCGAGUAGGAUUCGCAAGGUGGUCUGGUUGCUGGUGGUCCUGGGCUCCAUCAGUCUCCUUUUCUGGCAGGUGUAUAGCCGUCUCGUCAACUACUUCAGAUGGCCCACCACGACAUCUAUGGAGGUACAGUAUGUGGAGAGAAUAGAGUUCCCGGCUGUGACCUUCUGCAAUUUAAACAGGUUCCAAGCAGAAGCUGCAGCCACAUUUAGUGUUAUUUUUUUCUUAUGGAAUAUUGUAUCCAAAGUCCUUCAUCUUCAGGAAAUCAGUACCAAUUCUACCGGCUCUCAAGAGGCUAUUGAUUUCCUCGCAAGUGAGCGAAACUUCAGCAUUACAGAGUUUGUCAAGGAGAAUGGCUUUUAUCUCAACAGCAGCACAUUGUUAGAAUGUAAAUUUUUUGGAAAGCCAUGUGGCCCAGAGGAUUUUGCACAUGUCUUCACUGAAUAUGGAAACUGUUUUACCUUUAAUCAUGGUGAAACUAUCCAAGCAAAGGAAAAAGUGAGUGUUUCUGGAAGAGGCUUACACUUGCUCUUCAAUGUCAAACAGGAGGAAUUUACAGAUGACCCAACCCUUGGCUUUGUCGACGCUGGGAUCACCUUUGUUAUCCAUUCACCCAUGAAGGUGCCGCAGUUUGAUGGUUUGGGCUUGUCCUCACCAGUGGGAAUGCAUACACGGGUGACCAUCCGCCAGGUGAAGACAGUCCAUCAGGAAUACCCGUGGGGAGAAUGUAAUCCCCACAUGAAACUGCAGAACUUCAGGACGUAUAGCACCUCUGGCUGCUUGCAGGAAUGCAAAGCUUGGCACAUCAAGAAGCAGUGCGGAUGUCUGCCUUUCCUUCUUCCUGGAAAUGGGAUAGAGUGUGACCUACAAAAGUUUUACAACUGUGUGUCUCCUAUACUCGACCACAUUGAAGUUAAGGGAUUGUGUACAGUGGGAACACACAAUUCCAGCUGCCCUGUACCUUGUGAAGAAACAGAAUACCCUGCGUCCAUUUCUUAUUCUACUUUUCCGAGCCAAAAAGCUUUGAAAUAUCUUUCCAAGAAGUUGAAUCAAAGCCAGCAAUAUAUCAGAUUCAACGAGACCCAAAUUACCAGCAAGUUACUCACUUUGGAGGAGCUGAGUAAACCUUGCGUUUUAUGGAAUAUGCAUGAUUUAUUCACUUUCUUUAUUGGCUUUAUUACAGCAGAUCUUGGUGGUCAGCUGGGCCUAUUUUGUGGGGCCAGUGUGAUUACAAUUAUAGAAAUUAUUGAGUAUAUAUUCACCAAUUUCUACUGGAUAUGCAUCUUGUUCUUGCUGAAGAUCCCUGAAAUGGCCCAGGGCACUCUUGCACCUCAGAAUCACCUGGUGAAUAAGGACAGCAUCGAGGUAUGCUGAUGUCCACUUAGGACAAAAGCAUUUGUUCUUCUCUUCAUGAUACCUUCAAAUUUACUCACAGAUUAUUCACUGCUUUGUAACUUUAUGUUAUAGUCCUGGGGAUAUCUAUCUUUUUGUACAUAUUUCAUCUCUGUCUGUGUCUUUAAUUACACAUACAUAUUGAUUUCUAUAUUAAAAAAUGAAACAGGCACUGUCUUGGGUUUUUUUCCACCAUGGAAUUAAUUGAUUAAUUCCCAGCACCCAGAACAGUAGAGAUUACAUAGUAGGCAUUUCAGAAAUACUUCUUAAUGAUUGAAAGCUUGUGCAAUAGAAAAAGACACUCUUUACGAUUAACUACAUAAGUUAGACAUGAUAGAUAAACUAUAUUUGAGGAGACAAGAUACUUCUUUAUUCAGAAAACAGCACAUGUAAUUUGUGCUUUAUAAAAUUUCUGAGAGAUUUUUAUUUUGGGGAAAGUUCAACAUGAUUUCUUUUCUUUUGUCUGGAAAGUCCUAUUAUAUAACUGACUUUUGGAGGGACAGUAUCUAUGUCUUGUACAGGUGGAUACUUACAAUAAAUCUAUUUGAAAGUAAAUUUGUAGUAUAUUGGCA